AUGCCUUAUGUGGAUCGGCAGAACCGAAUCUGUGGGUUUCUGGACAUCGAGGAGAAUGAGAACAGCGGCAAGUUUCUGCGGAGGUACUUUAUUCUGGACACGCAGGCCAACUACCUGCUCUGGUACAUGGACAACCCCCAGAACCUGGCAAUUGGGGCAGGAGCUGUCGGAUCUUUGCAGCUGACCUACAUCUCGAAGGUGAGCAUUGCCACCCCAAAGCAGAAACCCAAAACUCCGUUUUGCUUCGUCAUCAACGCCCUCUCACAGAGGUAUUUUCUUCAAGCCAAUGACCAGAAAGAUCUGAAGGACUGGGUGGAGGCCUUGAACCAAGCCAGCAAAAUCACCGUACCCAAAGCUGGGAACCUGCCCCUGACGACCGAAGUUCUCAAGAGCCUAGCAACUCCUCUGGCCUUAGAGAAGAAGCCACAGGUGGCCUACAAGACAGAGAUCAUCGGAGGGGUGGUGGUACACACGCCGAUCAACCAGAACGGCGGGGAUGGGCAGGAAGUGGGUGAGCCGGGCUCCCACGCCAUCCUUCGGAGAUCUCAGAGUUACAUCCCCACGACCGGCUGCCGGGGUCCCACCGGGCCGCCCCUCAUCAAGAGCGGCUACUGUGUGAAGCAAGGGAACGUGCGCAAGAGCUGGAAGCGGCGCUUCUUUGCGCUGGAUGACUUUACCAUCUGCUACUUCAAGUGUGAGCAGGACCGAGAACCACUUCGUACCAUAUUCCUCAAGGAUGUUCUCAAGACGCACGAGUGUCUGGUCAAGUCUGGCGAUCUGCUGAUGAGGGACAACCUGUUUGAAAUAAUAACCAGCUCCAGGACCUUCUACGUCCAGGCGGACAGUCCGGAAGACAUGCACAGCUGGAUUAAGGAGAUCGGGGCAGCUGUCCAGGCCCUCAAGUGCCACCCCAGAGAGAUGUCCUUUUCUCGGUCCAUUUCUUUGACCCGCCCCGGAAGCUCCAGCCUCUCAGGGGGGCCCAACUCUGUCUUGUGCAGAGGGCGGGUUCCUGGGGAGGAGAGAAAGACCCUCUGCAAAGCUCCCUCCCUGGCCUCCUCCUGGCAGCCCUGGACACCCGUCCCCCAGGCCGGGGAAAAGCUGCUUCCCACUGAAGAGACUUCUGAGGACUCUUUGUUUACGCCUCGACUUGGGGAGAGCAGUACAUCUGGGGUGCCGUCCAGCUCCCGGAUAAGGCACCGAUCGGAACCCCAGCACCCCAAGGAGAAGCCAUUUGUGUUCAACCUCGAUGAUGAAAAUAUACGGACCUCUGAUGUGUGA